GACACUAGUAUCCUCCCCAUAAGUAUGGCUUUACGAGAAAUGGCAAAACGACCAGAAAUUCAAAAUAAAAUAUACGAAGAAAUUAAAGAAGUAAUAGGUACAGACAUAAACGCAGAAAUAAAUAUAGAUCAUUUAAACAAUAUGCCGUAUUUGCAUUCAACCGUUAAAGAAGCUGUUAGAAGAUUCAUGUCGUUGCCAUUUUUAGAUAGAUUAGUAUUAAGAGAUAUGGUUAUAGAUGGUACGAAAAUUCCGAAAGGAAUACAAGUAAUGUUCCAUUUAACGGGGAUUAUGACGUCAGAGAAAAAUUACGACGAUCCUCUUACUUUUAAGCCUGAAAGAUUUAUGAAAGAGAACGUUACAGCUCAAGCUCAGAAAUCGUUUAUUGGAUUUGGUUACGGAGUGAAAUCGUGUCCAGGAAAACCGAUUGCGUAUGCUGCAAUGAAAUUGAUUCUUACAAAAAUUAUUAGAGAAUUUGAAGUUUUACCUGCCGAACACGACGUGCAAUUAGUGGCGGAAAUAUUUUACAGAAGCGUUAGUGGAAUACCGUCAACAUUUCGUAAGAGGAAUAUUCAAGCUGUUUAAAUGUUUUUAUAUUAAAAAUAUUGUAUUAUUUUAUGGGAAAAUAAACUAUUAUUUUCA